UCCAUUUCCACAGCCAGGGGGUAGACGAGGUGGUGAAUGAGGUUACAUGCGGGUUAUUGACAAGUCGCCUUUCACUGUCACAUCCGAGAGAGCUGUCGGGUAAGGACGUGUUAGUAAUUGUGACGCUGUAGAAACGGGAAGAUGUUGUGAGUGGGUGAGUCGUUAGCUUGAAGCUCAGAUAGUGUGAGCGCACUUGUUAUUAAACGGUGUUAAUGUGUUGCUUGCAUAUAGGGCUGUGUACCCUAGCUAGGUGACUUCAGUACUCAGCGGGCAACAGUGCAGCAGUGAGCCAGACGCCACAAUAGAGCGCGUGCGUUUCCAUAACCGCACACUGAUAGAGUACAUCAGUGGUACAGUCGGGGUGACUCGCGUGCUGAUUGAUUGAUUGAUUGAUUGAUUAAUCAGGUAAUGGAAGAAGAGGGUCAUUAGAAGUUUGGUCUCACGUGAAUGCUGUAGUUUCCUCCUGCAUGCCUCCGUUAGACAGUCUGACCGAGGAGGGGACUGAGGACACUCGCACUACUUUGUAUUUUCCGUUGGUGCAACAUACACCAAGAAUAAAACGCUAAAGAAAAAUAAACAAUGGCCAAAUCCGAGCCGAAGAAGAGCAGCAGCUUGGCCCUUAGUGGUAACCCUACAGCGGAGGAGCAGCUCAGUAACGGCCCCGGGGCUGCCGAUCCGCCGGUAACCGGAGCCGCGCACGAGCCCGGGGUCAGAGCCAGAGCCGGCAAGCGGAGCACCGAGAGCGAGGUGUUUGACGAUGGAACCAACACUUUCUUCUGGAGAGCGCACACAUUGACUGUCUUAUUCAUCCUGACAUGCGCUCUGGUCUACGUGACCCUCCUGGAGGAGACUCCACAAGACACAACAUACAACACCAAGAGGGGGAUUGUAGCUAGCAUUCUGGUAUUCCUUUGUUUCGGAGUAACGCAGGCAAAAGACGGCCCUUUCUCACGACCACAUCCAGCAUACUGGCGCUUCUGGCUCUGUGUCAGCGUUGUCUAUGAGCUGUUCCUCAUCUUCAUUCUGUUCCAAACGGUGCAGGAUGGACGCCUCUUCAUGAAAUUCAUCGACCCGAAGCUGGGCGUUCCUCUGCCAGAGAGAGACUAUGGAGGAAAUUGCCUUAUCUAUGAUCCUGGAAACACUAUUGACCCCUUUCACAACAUCUGGGACAAAAUGGAUGGCUUUGUUCCUGCCCAUUUCCUUGGUUGGUACAUUAAGACACUAAUGAUCCGAGACUGGUGGAUGUGUAUGAUCAUCAGUGUGAUGUUUGAGUUUUUGGAGUACAGUCUGGAGCACCAGUUACCAAACUUCUCAGAGUGCUGGUGGGACCAUUGGAUUAUGGACGUGAUUGUGUGUAAUGGUUUGGGCAUAUACUGUGGCAUGAAGACACUCGGCUGGCUUUCCAUGAAGCCGUACCAGUGGCAAGGCCUGUGGAACAUCCCUACAUACAAAGGGAAGAUAAAGCGCAUCGCAUUCCAGUUCACUCCCUACAGCUGGGUAAAUUUCGAGUGGAGACCAGCAUCUAACCUGCGCCGGUGGUUGGCAGUGCUUGGCAUCAUCUUCAUGUUCUUGUUGGCGGAGCUGAACACGUUCUAUUUGAAGUUUGUGCUAUGGAUGCCACCUGAGCAUUACCUUGUGCUGCUGAGACUUGUGUUCUUCGUUAACGUUGGAGGAGUAGCCAUGAGGGAAAUCUACGACUUCAUGGAUGACCCGAAAUUCCACAAGAAACUGGGUCAGCAGGCAUGGCUCGUCGCAGCCAUCACAGUAACUGAAUUUCUCAUUGUAGUGAAGUACGACCCCCACACCAUCAUGCUACCGAUCCCGUUCUUUGUCACACAGUGCUGGAUCCUCGGCAUUGUCCUCAUCCUCACAUGGACACUGUGGCGCUUCUUUAUCCGUGACAUCACACUCCGCUAUAAAGAGACACGGAGGCGUAAGCAGGAGGGCUCUUCCGAGCGGGAGAAGCCCCCCGGCAACAGCAGCAAGACCCCUGUAACAUCUGGCCGCAGCAAACUGAACGGAAACACGGAUCCCGUACGACAACGCAAGUCUUGAUGGAUGACACAGUGGGCUGCACAGCUGUGGCACAGUUUGGGCAUGAAGUGAUGUGUGUGUGUGUGUGUGCGCGCGCGCGUGUGUCUGUCUGUCUGUCUGUCUGUCUGACCAUUCCAAUGCUCACUCACACUUAACACUCACAGAGCCACCAGUAAAUUCAUGUUACAUGGAGGCUCUCUAUGGGUGUUUUUUUUUUUACCUUUUGUUUUUCCUUUUUUUUUUUUUUGCCCUCCCCCCAUGUUUUAUUGUUCAGAGAUGUAAGAUGCAAAGCAUGAUUGUGUGGAUGGGUGGAUAUGUGAGAGACAUGCAAGAAAAAGAUGCUCGGUUCUUCCAGUUGCCUUAUACACUGUAGAAAAAAAAAAGUAAGGGGGUACAAAGCUGUACCUUUUCUUGACACUAGCUAGGAUGGAAGCCUUAAAGGGUACAACUUUUGUCCUUUUUAACAUGUAUCUUUAACCAGGAAAGAUGAAGGAAGUUACCUUUAAAUUCUUAUUUGUGUUUUAUGCUGCACUACAUUUGUUGGUUGAGGGGAGGUUCAAGUCAAACCCGGACUUUUGAUUGUGCAGGACAAGAGAACAGUUAUAAAAGUACAAACUUUCUCUAUAUAAUCACCUGCUACACUACUACACUUAUCCCAGCCUUUCACAAGUGCUUAGAUACCAUAAGGGAGCCAGGAGUGGACUGCCUGUUUCAGGUCUAAAACGCUGGCCUACUAGGAACUUCUUUAAACAAAUGUGGAAAUAGUUUGGAGCAAGGUCAGGACCGUAUGGGGGAUGUGGCAGUAACUUCAAGCCGAGUUCCUGUAAUGUGCAAGGGGUGUUCACGAAUGAUUGUGUGUACAGUUUCCAUUAACAGAUGCAUCUCUGCUGAGAGUUGGCAAGAAGUCAUCCAUCUAUUUUUAAAUAUCAGGUGUCCCACUAGCUGAAUAUUCACAGAAACGACUGCAGUGGGUCCAGCAUAAUCAUUCAUGUUCACCAUUCACCAAUCAAAUGUUUUACUGCAGCUAAGAGUCUCAUCACUGUACUGUGCUUUAAGUAUUCUGUAAAUAUCGGUUUUACGCCGUCAUGAGAAAUUCCAUCACAAGUCCUGAUUUCACUUGAACGCUCCCUGUAAAAGUCUUAAACAAGCUCAUACAGAAACAUUGAGAUGUACUCUAGUGAUAAAACAAUGGAGUUACAGAAACUGUACAUUUUUUAAUUAUUUUUUUAAAGGGUGCAAGUCGAUCAUUAGUGGACCACUGACAUGCCCUCUUAAGCAUGUGUUCUAUACCAGGGGUAUGGCUUGUUCAGUUCUUUUUGCUGCUAUGCAAUAAGACACGAGUGCUGUUCGAAUUGAAUUCUCAUUCCUGUUUGUGCGGCUUUAAAGAUUUUGGAGUUCUGUCGUUGCACAGUGCUACACUUGUUUGGGCCACACUCUCUUACACACGCACAUUUAAACAGCAUAAGCAUUGUUUUUCUCAUAAUGUAAAACACUGACUGACGUCCUCUCAGGAGACCUGUCGCUCUUGUUACAUUGUGUCUCUCAGGUAUUUAUCCCUUCAGAGUAAUUAGGAUGUGCAUGAGUGUCAGCUAUUCUUAUAUGAUAGAGAGAGCGCACACAUGUGCGCGCAUGGACGGGCACACACAUGCGCGCACACACACACAGAAACAAUCAUUGUCAGACUUACUGGACCAAUUUUUUUUUCUUUUUUUUAUGUCAGGUCAGCCACAUGGAGGUCUGUUACAUGAUCGUUGCUGCUCAAGCCACAGAACAAAUAUCAUUAGUCUGAUAAAUGGAAGCUCGGGCUCGCUGUCUUCUUACUUCACCACCAUAAGCCUAUAACAUUCUUAGUGCAUUUUUGAAAUAUUGUCAUUGCUCAAUAUAAUGCUCAACUUUUUUGAUUAUUAUGUAAGAGCAUAUUAGACAGAUAUAGUUAAUAUGUAUAUGUUCUGUUUCACUCUGUUGUGUGUGUGAGUGAGAGACAGUUUACUGGCGACAAGCAUAAAUGGACAGAACCGUUUCAUGUAACAUAGAACACGCUGCUGCUAUUAUAAUCUUAUGAAUGUAAACUUUACAUUUAGUUGUUCAUUGAAAUGGGUUUCUCAAAACAACCUCUUACUACUCACUCAGUUAUGUUAUGCUAGGUGUAAUUUUUUGUUUUAUUUCUUUGUGUACUUUAGGGACUUAAAAAAGUUUUUUUUUAAGCAUUUUUAUUAACACUUUUUUUCCUUCCAUUCUAUGUUAGAAUGAAACUAAUGUCAGACUGUGGAGUAACAACACCAUCUGUUGGAGGUUAAUGAAAAGCAUUGUGGCUACAAUUUCAAAUAGAUCUUAUGAAAUAGGUUUACUAGAUGCAGACAUAGUCGCAAAAGACGCCUCAACCCACAGCUGGGCCAUAUGAUCAAUAUAUAUCAUAGCAUAUAUGUAUUCUCAAGGAUAAUUAAUUCUCCAAUACACAUGUAUCACAAUAUAAACUGUAGGUUUAGGAACAGUUUUCAGCAGUAGUGGUGCUUGGAAAACCAAAAUACAUUUUAUUCAUUUUGAAAAUGUAAUUCUCAUUUAGAAAAACAAAAAAUUAAAGCGUAUUCAUGAGUAUAAGUACAGAACAAUGUGUAGAAAUGUUAACAUUUUAUUUACAAAAACUAAACAUUUAAUAUAAAAUGAAUUAUUACAAAAUGUCAUUAAUUACUUAAUUAUCAGAGAGAGUGAAUUGAUCAUAUUACCCAGUCCUACGGACUAGUACAGCUUUGCUUUUUCAGUAAUCUUUUACAUGCCCUGUAAGCUUGUUCAAAGACUCGAGUCACACAAAUAGAUGUAGAGUUCAGGAGCAAAAGUUACCCAGAAAUAAUUCCAAUUCAUUUAGGGCAGCCUAAGUGUCGAGAGGUCUGAGCAAUAAAAUGCUAAUUUUGUAAUGUAAGUUUUACUCAUAUUGUUCACAAUCAGAAGUUUGUUUUGAUAGUUAAGUAGCCAUGGCUAAUUUAGUUCAAGUUCAGGGCUAAUUUAGUUCAAUACUAAACUCAGUUUGUGUAAUGUGCACGUGAAGUAAUUGUUGAAAAAUGUAUCUCCCUUACCACAGAAGUGACUUCACACAUAUUACCCAGGGCGAGUUAGUUCCUGUUUUAAAAUGUUGCUUGUUGUCGCCUUUUCCCCUCAAUCAGUAAGUGGCCACUUUUACUGAUACGGGACACACUCUAGCAUUUGGUUAAUUAUCAAUGGCUCUAACUUUGUUUUUCUUUAAAAUAAACAACCUUUCUUUUUGGUCAAUAAAAAAAAAAGAGAAUUUUUUGUUAAAGCCUUGUCUCAUGACUCGGUCCCCACACUAACACUACUGUCUGCAUGAUGGAUGUUAAUAUAGACAGAUAGUUUAUGUGUGUGUUUCUGGCUGUGAUGUUUCUUUAGAUUAAUAAGCCUUUUGACUCCUUUCUACUACAUUAAGGUGUAUAAGAAUGAAGUCAUGAACAAAGACCAUUACUGAAUGAACAAUAUAUGGAUUGUUUUAUAAAACUGUAAAUAAAACAUCUGCUUGUCUUUU